AUGGCUAGCUUCUGUCCUCCUUGCAAGCCACGUAGGCUCAUGUUGACCAAUGAUGGAUGUACUUGCUCCAUGUUAUGUCUAUAUUUUGCUAUCAAGGAUAUCACUGUCAUGAUGAUAUUGUAUGGCUCGAAUAGUAUUGAUGCAAAAGCUUGGAUAGGUCUGCUAUUCGGCUACGGUGUAGGAAAGCAUAGUGUUAGUCGUAGCGGCGUAGAGCUGUAUGUGUUAGGCCGUGAUAAUGAAGAUGACUGCAAUCUUAGAGAGAAAUUAAAAAAGGAUACUUUGGUUAUUAUAAAUGCUCUUCAUAGAGCUAACCCUUCAAAGCUGACUUUUAUCAAUUACGUUUUAACAGUUUACGUAGAUCAGUUUUUAACCAUCUUGAAAUAUAAGCUAGAACGAUUUAUUUGUUUAUAUUGCGAAAGAACUUUCCGCGAUUCUACCACGUUGAAAGACCACAUGAGAAAGAAAAGGCAUAGAAAAAUUAAUGCCAAUAACAAGGAAUACGAUAAAUUUUAUAUUAUUAAUUAUCUAAAACUUGGAAAUUUCCUUUUAGAUUUACAAGAUCCUGGUAAAGGUUGGAAGAAUAUUCAAGAAGAAGAGAACAGACAAGACGACAACGAUACAGACAACUCGGAUGAGGAGUGGAGCGAUGAAUCUAUCGAUCAGGCUGCAAACGCUUCAUGUUUGUUCUGUGAUUUGACUUCCCAAGUCAAUGAUGUUGUCGUCCACUUGAACGAUUUUCACAAUUUUAAUAUUUCUGGUCUUGUGAAACAAUUCGGACUAAAUAUCUACGAACAGAUAAAACUAAUUAACUACUUACGAUUAAAGAAAAAUGAAAAUAAAUGCGGAUUUUGUGGCUGUCAGUGCGCCAGUGUGGAAGAAUUUUCAACGCAUGUUAAUGGGGCUCAUCUAUGUUUUAAUUCUGAAAUCAAGGAGAUUCAACUUCCCGCUAAAGAACAUUGGAACCUAUCACUAUUUUUGUUCCCAGUCAUUGAAGAUGAUCCAUUGCUAUGUAUAUUAGAAGAUGAAUCCACUGAUUGUUCGCCAUUGUGA